GCAGCAGCAUGCCAUACAAAAAAGCGAAAGAAAAGAAGGUGAAGAGCCAAGCCUCACGCCUAAACUCGGGGCUUGUUUCUCUGGCGGACCUGGAAGACAUACGGAAAAUCCCAAAUCUGAGGAGGUCGUCCGCACAAUACCUGCUCCCAAAGUCUUACGUGGAGAUGUUGUCCCGACAUCCGGAGACUGUGCAGGCCUACGUUCGCCGCGGAACCAGGACAUCUGUCUCCCCCCGUACUCUGAUUGAGAACCUGGAUCGCCUUUGUAUUGAGCUCAAUGAAGGUAGGAUCUCCCCAUUUGUAUUACCUGCACCUUGUACACUAAAGCCUGCUAGACACGCCGCCUGCACUAUCCGGCCCUCAGGACCCAGACGACAUCGAGAUUUCUCCGCAAGGCGAUGGUUGCAAUACAGUGUCCGAUACCGGCACUACCGAACAGGAUCUCAUUUGUCCCGCCUCUAUGUCAGAUCUCUCUUCCGGUAGUCUAGGAUUGGACGCUCCUUCGCUUUCACGUCGUCGUCAGGCCACCAACAAACCGACGUUAGACUGCCAUUUACCGCUUCCGCCCACUCCAGCCUUUGAUAAUCCCAAAUUGCCUGUCGUCGCCGCUAACGUUUCCGAUUUCCCUCUCGUCAACAAGCGUGGUAGAGCGCCGGUGGCGAAACUUGCGAUCGACGAUGCCCUCUCUUCUAGAAAUGAUGAUAUGCCCAUUACACCUGCCGACCAAAUAGCCCACGCAAAGCACACUCCUCCCAACGCACCUCGUCAAACCGUGAAUAGAGUCCGCCACGCUUCACUGCUGACUUCUCCGUUAUCCAGCAACGUUCAAGACGAUAGCAGGGAUAUCACUUCGCCAUACCCGUUUACUCCUUUGAAUGACAAGUCAAUCCAUUCCCCAAAGGUAGCAA